AUGUACGUUCGAAAAAUUCUCACCAGCUCACCAAUGGUCCUCGUAAGGAAUGGAGGUAAGUCUUCAGCUUUAUGGGUUUGGUCUUGAAUUAUUAACUGAUGCGUAAAUAAUGGCGUGUUUUGAAGUUGGUGAUUGUAUUGUGUGGAAAGUAGAGAGAAUUCUGGUCAAAAUGAUGAUAAAAUUUUUGGUCUAAAAGUUUGUAGAAAUAUUGAAAAAUGGCUUGGAAAGGGAGUGAUCUAUGAAAAUUUUGAAAGAUUUUGGAAAAUGGACUGAUAUUAUUGACUUGCGUCAUUCUUUUUGCAUCAGUGGUAAAAGUGUUUUUGCGAUUUGAUUUUCUGGACAUUUCGAGUCAUAUUUUGACAAUUUUUUGAUUCUUUACUAAAAUUAACCUUUAAAAAAUUUAAAAAUUGAUUUUUUUUUUAAUUUUCGAAUUUAAAACAAUUUUGAGAUAAUUUAAAAGCUGAUUCAAAAUUUACCAUUUUCAGCCCCUUCCCGAGCCCUCCAAACCACCUCAGCGAUGGCGACCGACGAUUACCGUCACACGCUUCAGGCCGAAAAAACCGAUGACGAUAAGCCACAAACCAAAACCCAUGAACCAAAGAAUCAAACCGAAAAAGACGUCCAAAAGAAGCCUGACGUGCAUCAGAAGAAGGGAAUGAGUGAGGAAAUCAAGAAAAAGUCGAAUUCAAAGUAA